GAGAGGCCCUCGCUCCAUAAGAAAUGACAUUUAUUAACGGGAAAUGCUAUAUAUACGGCCAUGAAACGUGGACUACUACUGUAGACAUAGGUCAAUCCACACAGGUUCAACAUGCUUACCUCCGCGUUCCUCUUGAGCGUUGCUUCGCUGUCGCUGGCAGCUCCCACCGCCAAGGCGGGGCCCAAGUACCUGUUCUCCUUCGGAGACUCUUACUCCCAGACCGGCUUUGAGAUCACCGGCACGAAGCCCUCUGCGGCGAACCCUCUGGGUAACCCGGACUUCCCCGGCUGGACAACCAGCGGCGGUACCAAUUGGAUCGGCCACCUCGUGCGCGACUACAAUGCGACUUCGCUGUAUUCAUUCAACCUUGCGUCCGGAGGCGCCACGGUCGACGCGACGCUCGUGAAGCCGUAUGCGGAUACCGUGCUGAGCCUUGUGGACCAGGUCGGUCAGUUCAGCGCGAACCUCGCGUCGAAGCCGGACUAUGCGCCGUGGACGAGCGAGGAUGCGUUGUUCGCGGUCUGGCUGGGCGUUAACGACGUUGGAAACAGCUGGUAUGGCGACGACGAGACGACACUGCUGGGAAAAAUCAUGGACCAGUACUUCAACCAGACCAGGACUCUCUACGCCGCGGGUGCGCGCAACUUUGUCUUCCUGGGAACGCCUCCCGUCAACCGCUCGCCGUCGAUGCUGGAGCAGAGCGAGGACAACCAAAACGGCGAGGCCAAGGUCAUCACCCAGUUCAACGACCUGCUCAAGAGCCGGGCCGACACGUUUGUCGAGAACCACGACGACGCGACCGUGGUGGUGGUCGACACGCAGGCGCCGUUCAACAAGGUCCUGGACAGCCCUGCCGACUAUGGCGCCAACAACGCGACGUGCUAUAACGAGGACGGCAAGACGUGCCUCUGGUACAACGACUUACACCCGGGCUUGGAGAUCCAUAACCAGGUGGCGCAGGCGGUCGCGGCGGCGUAUACCGAGGGAGGGUUUUUCCAGACGGCGUCGUCGUAG